AUGGCGCCCGCCCGCAGGAGCCAGGCCGCUGGCCACGCGGCGCUGGGCGUCGCGCUCGCGGGCUGGGCCUGCGCCGCGAGGUGCUUCGUCUCGCCGAGCGCCCGCGGCGCUGCGAGCCAGCAGCAGUCCCUCCGCGGCGGCGGCGCGCUGCGGCGCUUCCCCGCGGCGCCCGAGGAGAAGACCACCCAGGAGGCCUCCCACCCGCUGGUCGGCCUGGCGGUAUGCGCCGCCACCCUCGGCCUCGCGGUGACGAUGGUGGCCAGCCCUGUGCGUGCGGAUGAGGAGGUCCAGGACAGCCAGAGCACGAUCGCGGGUAAGAUCUCCAGGAAGAAGAAGAAGCGCGAGGCCCAGGUGGCCGAGGCGAAGAAGGAGGAGAGGGUGGCGGCGGCGCCGGCGGCGCAGGAGUCCGGCGGCGGCUUCAGCAUCUCCUUGCCGAGCUUCAGCAUCCCCAACAACUUCGGGGAGGCCCCGAAGGCCGUGAAGCCUGCAGACUCCGAGGCUGCGCCCGUGAAGCCCUUCAAGGUCAGAGGAGACAAGGUCUACAUCAACCCCUCGGACGAGCUUGACCUCGACGAGGUUCCCCUGGGCGCGCCCAACCCGCCACUGCUGGCUGCCUUCCUGUUCGGCCCCUCGUUCAUCUACCUGGCCUUCUGGGUUCUGGGCUCCCUGGCGGGCAUCAAGUAUUUCCGGGUGGAGCUGGCAGGCACGACGCCCGCCAAGGAUUUCGUCAAGAACAUGCCGAUGGGCGUGAUGGGCGGCAAGGGCAGCCAGCAGAGGUUCUCCCAGGCCCCCGGCUCCGGCUGCGUGGCAUUUGUGCUGGAUGUGUCGGACGAUUUUUCGGAGGCCCAGGUGGUCUUGACCGAGGCGGACAGGGUGGGCGACCUCGAGGUGCUCGCCGAGAUCAUCAUGCUCGACGGGCUCCAGCAGUUGCGGCUAGCGGAGUGGUGCCUGAGCGCGCCCGGGCACGAAGAGGCCGCCCGCCACGCGCUCUUCUUGGCCGAGUUUGCCGCGACCGAGCGGGGCAUGCCGGGCUGCCGCCUCGAAGAUCAG